ACGGAUGAUUUUGCUCAAGAGGUUAUGGACAAGUAGGCCGAAUUGGUAGAUGCUCCAACAGUUCCAGAAUUUGAAGCUCAUUGGAUUGAAUUGUUUAACAUGUGCAAGCAUAGACACAAGUUGAAAUUUGCCACUUAUUGUUCUACUACAUGGUUGGUCCACAAGCAGAAAUUUGCCAAGGCAUGGACAAAUCAUGUGAUGCAUUUUGGAACAACAACAAGUAACAGGGCUGAAGGUGCACAUGCCAGCUUGAAGUUGAUGUUGCGGAACAGUAAGGGUGACCUGGCCACAUCAUGGGAUGCGUCGCAUAGUUUGACCACCAAUCGUCACACUGAGAUAGUAGCAUCGUUUGAGCGCAGUAUGAAUAAAAUUGAUCACCUUUUCAAGACCCCUUUCUACACAAAUAUUAGGGGAUUUGUGUCAAUCAAAUGCCUGAAACUCAUUGAUGCUGAACUGACAAGAAUGCGAGCCUGCGGCGGCAGAUGCGAUUGCUUAUUGAGAGAGACUCAUGGACUACCUUGCGGUUGUCAACUUGCAGCCUUUCUCCAUCCAUAUAUUGACACAGUUACAGAUGUUGAGGAUGAUGGUAACUGUGGCUAUAGAUCCAUUGCUGCAUUACUGGGACAUUCCGCCGGUCAGGACGGUUGGCCUUGGGUUAGGGCUUCAUUGAUACAAGAACUUGAGCUCCGCCUCCACGAGCUCCGCCUCCACGGGGUCUGCCUCCACGAGCUCUGCCUCCACGAGCUCUGCCUCCCGCAGCUGCGGCUCCUCGAAUAG